AUGAAAACAAGCAUGCUUCGUCGGGAAUUCAAGAUACAAGGACAAAUCGGAGAGCCAGGGCAUAAAGAUAAACAAGCAUAUCAGUCACUCAUUUCACAGAUUGAAAUUGGGCUGCAAAAGGGUUACACAGAAGAGGAAAUUACCGAUGCUGUUGCUACAGCUGUUCAGGCUGGGUUACAACUACGAAGUUAUUUCGAGAGAAUAAAUGGGUUGACAUUACCACGGUAA